AUGACGGCGUCGUCGUCGGAGGCGCCCAAGGCGCACCUCGGCGUGACGCCGCCCAUCAACACGGACAUGCCCGCGGAGCACGACGCGGCGGCGUCCGAGGCGCUCGUGCACACGCUGCGGGAGCUCGGCGUCUACGAGAGCGACGCCGGCAAGGCCGUGCGCACGGGCGUGCUCGACCGGCUCCGGGCCAUCGCGGACGCGUGGUGCGAGAACGAGUGGGCGCUGGCCAUCGCCGAGCGGGCCUGCGACGGCGCCGACUGCGAGCGGGCGCUGGCCGCGUCGGCGCCGCCGCGGUGCGAGCUCCGGACGUUCGGAAGCGUGCGGUUGGACGUGCAUACCCCGGACGCGGACAUCGACGUCGUGCUCGUGGCGCCGCGCCACUGCACGCGGCGCGCCUUCUUCGACACGCUCGUGGCCGCGCUCGAGGGCGACGCGCACAUCGGCGCGGGCGGCGUCAUGGCCGUCCGCGACGCGUACACGCCGGUGGUCAAACUGCGGGUGGGCGCGACGGACGUCGAUUUGCUGUUCGCGCCGCUGGCCUGCGACGAGCUGCCCGAGCCGCUGGACGUCAUGGACGACGCGGUGCUGGAGGGCCUGGACGAGGCGGCGAUCCGGUCGCUGAACGGGGCCCGGGUCGCGGAGAUGCUGCUGUCUUUGGUUCCGGACCCGGCGGUGUUCCGAGUAGCUUUACGGGCCGUCAAGCGCUGGGCGCGGUGCAAGGGCCUGUACUCGAACGUGCUCGGGUUGCUGGGCGGCGUGAACUGCGCGAUCCUCGCGGCCUUCGUGUGCCAGCGCUACCCGAACGCGGCGCCGAGCACGGUGGUCGGCCGCUUCUUCCGGAUCUUCGACGGCUGGGACUGGCCGAACCCCGUGCUCAUCGCGGCGCCGGGAGCUCCGCCGUCGUCCGCCGGCGACGAGUCCGUCGCGUCGCGCUACGCGGCCUGGAACCCGCGCCUGAACCCGCGGGACCGCGCGCACCUCGCGCCCAUCGUGACGCCGGCGCACCCGACGAUGAACAGCUCGUACAACGUCGGCGCGCCGCAGCUCCGGGCCAUCAAGGACGAGCUGUCCAAGGGGUUAGAAACGACCCGGCGCGUGGAGAAGCUCGCGGCGCACUGGCGCGCGGACGAGUCGCCGACGGGCGACCGCGCGGCGGACCUGCGGGACGCGUGGCGCCGGUUGUUCGCGCCGUCGGACUUCUUCGCGCGGCACCGCCACUACGUGCAGGUCGACGUGUCCGCCGCCGACGACGCGGGCCUGCGCAAGUGGAACGCCUGGUGCGAGUCGCGGCUGCGGAAUCUGGUGGUGGCGCUGGACACGCCGGGCUACGUCCGCGCGCGGCCGCAC